ACGAGCCAAAGCAUGUAUACCUAACUCAAAGGCUACGUUUUGGAUCUAAUACAACACCAGCAUCAACAUUAUCUUCUGUCCUGAAACCAACUAUAAGGAUGUCUGCCAAGUAUACUUCCACCGAAGAAACGACUAACUAUGCCCGGAUAUGUAGACUGGUCAUUGAUGUCUUCCCUGACGUCUUCAGAGAGUUACUCGUCACUCGACUGCCAUUUGGACUCCCUUAUGGACUUUCCAGUCAAAAGGGUCAGAUUAUCUCCCACUUGAAUAGACAACAGAAGAAAAUGCUUUACCCCUCGGUUGGAGUGUUCCAAGGUUCUGAGAAGGAUAUGGAUGUUUCUUUACUUUAUAUCCUUCUAAGGAAUCUAGGGAACAUCACUCCUCAUGGAAAGGGUUGGGGUAAUGUUCCAGAUGCUGCAGACCGUUGUCUGUCAGCAAACAUUGAUCGUCUACGGAUACACAGAAAUGAGAUAGUGCAUGCCAACAUUGCAUAUCUUUCUAAUAGUGACUUUAGGACGAGGUGGGCCGACAUCCGUCAAAGUGUUGAGGACAUACAGAACAGCGACCUGAAGACAGGGAUGUUUGUACAAGCCGUGGAUAGUAUACUGACCAUGACCAUGGACCCAGAUGUUGAGAGGAAGUACAUAACUCUUGUUAAGAAGAUAGAAGGGGAAAUCAGUGACAUGAAAGACGAGAUGGCAACAAACUUUGAUGAACUCAAAGGCACUGUUGCUGCUGUGAGUGAUGAAGUUGGUGAUGUUAGGAAAGAAGUUACUGCUGUGAGUGAUGAAGUUGGUGAUGUUAGGAAAGACGUUACUGCUGUGAGUGAUGACGUUGGUGAUGUUAGGAAAGACGUUACUGCUGUGAGUGAUGAAGUUGGAGCUGUUAGGAAAGACGUUACUGCUGUGAGUGAUGAAGUUGGAGCUGUUAGGAAAGACGUUACUGCUGUGAGUGAUGAAGUUGGUGAUGUUAGGAAAGACGUUGGUGCUGUGAGGGAAGAUGUCAGUGCCCUGAAACAUUUCUCAUCGACAAAUGGAGUGGAAAUUGGUGACAUCAAAGAUCAGAUGACAACAGACAUGGAUAACCUAAGAGACACUGUUGCUGCUGUGAAGGAAGAUGUUGAUGCUGUGAAAGAGGAUGUCAGCGCCAUGAAACAAUCUUCAUCCACAAAUGGAGGAAGGAAUCCUAAGUGGAGAGCUGUGAUAGAUACAACAAGAUCAACAACCAUUGAUCAAACCACAGAACCUGAGGUGAUCUCUACACAAGCCUUGGAAGACGCUAAAGAAAUGAUCAGAAAGAAUAGCAUUGUCCUCAUCAAGGGUGCCUCAGGGGAUGGGAAGACUUUGAUGGGUUACCAACUGUUGAAGUGGCUAAUGGACGGCGAUAAUAAGGAUACCAGACUGUCAAAGGAUCCUGUCCAGCUUUACAGCAUGGCCAUAUGGGACGAAAUUGUUGAGCCAAACACACAAUUAGCUGUAUAUAUUGAUGAUGUUAGUGGGGAAAUCGCUGAAGAUUUAAAGAAAAGGGAAGUCUCCAUUAAGUCGACAUUUUGUGGGAAACUCAAUAAUAGAUCAAACUGUUUGGUACUUAAUGUUCGAGAUGAAAUUUUCAAAAGCACACAAUUAUCUUCUUGUGAAUGCUUCAAACAAAAUAUCAUUGAUUUGAGAGGUAAAAACUGCAUAACAAUCGCAGAAAAAAAGCUUAUUUUAGAAAGUUAUGUCCGAGAAAUUAAAACCUUCCCUAAGGGAAAGGAAUAUGAAACAGUCAAACUUGCCCCAGAUAUAGGAUUUCCACUGUGUUGUCGACUUUAUAGGGAUGUUCUCAGCUUACAAAAAGAGGGGGUUAAUUUCUUCAAACAUCCAUUUCAUUUCAUGGAAAUAACUUUGAAGAAAUUACCAAAGGAGCACUUUUCUGCUCUUCUGUUUCUCUUUCUCAAUGAUGGGAGGGUUAAGGAAUUGGAUUUAGAUCCUAAAAACAGUAAAAGUGUUAACAAGAAAAAUCUUGAUGAAGCUUUCCAGGGAAUUAAACUUGAUCAUGCAGACAAAAUCAGAUCUCUGCGGAAAAGUUUAGAUUUAAUGUUGGGUUCUCUGGUUGUAAAAAGAACAUCUUUUUUUCAUCAUGGUUAUGAAUACAAAUUUUGUCAUGAUUCUGUUCAUGACACUGUUGUCCUUUUGUAUGGCAAGGACACACCAAUUGGGUUUAUAGAAAAUUGUCCCCUAAAGUUCCUCCGCUAUAUAUCAACAUCAAAAUCCACCGCUAAGAAAAUACUUAUAUCACCUAGUAAUGAACACAUGUAUAAACGUUUGGUCAGAAAGUGUGAAUCUGAUGUCCAAAUAAACUGGAUUCCUGAUGUAUUUGACUUUAUAGUUAGAUUAGACUUAUGGUCAGACACAAAGUUUCUACGGGGGUUUAUUCGUUGGCUAAGUGGUCAGAAUUAUGACAAUAACUUAUGCCACCGGAUAAAAUGUGGGUUGUUAAAUGGAGCAUGCUCUAUUGGUUUAGAAGAUUGUGUCACAUAUCUCCUUUCUGUGGGUGUCACACCUAACAAUGAUACACCGUUUAGAGUAGUGGAGAGUGGGAGUGUACAACUACUGCGUCAACUACUGAAGUAUGACGUCAUUCGUACAGCGAGGGCACGUGAGUCACGAUCAUCAUAUUCUGCUUACAAAAUCAAUGUCCUACACGAGGCGUGUUUGUUUGAGAGAGAAGAGAUGGUGAACAUAUUAUGUGACACUUAUCCACACUUGGUAUAUGAGACUGAUAGCUAUAUACAAAGCGCGCUCCAUUUAGUGGCGAUGACAGGAAACUGUGGUCUAUUUCAGACAGUGGAGAGAAUGUGUAGAGAUAAAGUACAACAUAAGUGUGAGACAGAAGAUGAUUGUGUAGUACAAAGGAGUUGUGUGUGUGGACAGUACAAAUCACGGUUAGUGGAUGGGUUCGGGUGGACAUUAUUACAUUAUAGUUGUGAGAGUGGACACAGGGAGCUUAGUUUAUACCUGUGUAAGGUGUAUCCAGAACUAACUACAGCUGUAGAUAACGACGGGAAGACAAUAUUACAUUGUAGUUGUAUGAUGGGACACAGGGAGUUGAGUUUAGAGCUGUGUAAGUUGUAUCCAGCACUAACUACAGCUGUAGAUAACAACGGGAAGACAAUAUUACAUUAUAGUUAUAGGAGUAGAGACAGGGAGCUUAGUUCAGAGCUGCGUAAGUUGUAUCCAGCACUUUGCUAACUACAGCUGUAGAUAACGACGGGUGUACAUUAUAGUUGUAUGAGUAUACCUGUGUAAGACUUAUCCAGCACUAACUACAGCUGUAGAUAAUUACGGGAAGACAAUAUUACAUUAUAGUUGUAUGAGUAGAGACAGGGAGCUUAGUUCAGAGCUGCGUAAGUUGUAUCCAGCACUCCGCUAACUACAGCUGUAGAUAACGACGGGUGUACAUUAUAGUUGUAUGAGUAGAGACAGGGAGUUUAGUUUAUACCUGUGUAAGACUUAUCAAGCACUAACUACAGCUGUAGGUAACAACGGGAAGACAAUAUUACAUCGUAGUUGUAUGAGGGAACACAGGGAGCUUAGUUUAGAGCUGUGUAAGAUGUAUCCAGCACUGACUACAGCUGUAGAUAACCGUGGGUAUAAUUGUCUACAUUAUAUAGCCUGGGGGACAACAGAUGUAGACAUGUUCACUGAUUGUGAACGUCAUGUAAAACAGUACCUAGCGACAACAGGGGGUAAGUAUGACAUCACGACCAUACUUACUAAUGACGGUAAAUCUAUUUUAGACUGGGCAAUGGAACAUACAGAGUUGUGGCAGUUAUAUAACAACCCUUUGUAUGACCAUCUUCUCAAAGUUUUUACUAAAUAAAGAAACAAAUAUUUAUACUUCUGUACACUAACUUGUGUAACAUGAUGACGAAAGGAACGAACAGAACACUGAGGAAAUCUUUUGUAGGACCGUGUUGUCAAGUUUAUUUGUAAAUAAAAGUACUUAGAAAUAGUCACACUUACUUCUUCACUUUCUGAACAUUAACUUGUAUAACAUGGUGUGGAUUUAAACAAAGUUAAAGUUAAAGAAAACUGUUUAUUUUCAUCAUUGUUCACAAAAACAAACAAAAGUCGCCAGUUGUAGAAGUUUUCUUCGGUGUCAGGUCGUUUCGGUAACAAGUCGUUUCGGUACUUUUUCGGAAGUUGUUUCGGGACAUUCGGAAGUCGUUUCGGUAGAAGUCCGGGUCGUUUCGGGAGACAUGAGCAAGUCGUUUCGGUACUUUCAAUCAACAUUAGAAUAAACACCUUAAUUUUUUAAUACAUAAUUAACAUGAAUUAAUCUGUUUUUAAAACGAUUCAUAAUUAAUAUACAGUCAGUAUAAACACCUAUGACAACAAAUGUAUUGAUAAUACAAACGGCAUUGUUUUAACUCCCAAGCGCAGUGUUUUCUUUAAACCAGCACUGGUGGUUCAUUCCUUUAUGAUAUUUUCAAACUUCUAUUACAGAAGCAAUACAAUCAAAAUCAAAAUUGGUAUGUAACAACCCAUGCCCGAGAAAUAAAGGCUAUACAGGGUGAUUUCAUUACCUUUUUUUUUUUUAUUUCGUAUUAGGUUUGUUAAAUCAUUACGUUUAUACAUGUAGGUAUG